AUGCAGCUCAAGAAUAUUACCCUGUUGUUCGCCGCAUUUGCCUGUGCCGCCAUAGCUGCUCCUGGAGGCGACGCGCCUAUCAAAGCCAGGCAGUUACCGGAGUUAGACACCUCUGCCAACGUCGCUUCCGCGGCUGAAGAUACGCUUAUCCGAUCCAAACGACAGAAUAUUCAAAAUCCGUGCCCCGAAAGAUGCAAACCCGAGCUAUUUGGGGGGUGCACGUGCGAGCCGCGAAAACAUGAGCCUCCUGCUUCAGAACCCCGCCAAAAUGUGAAAGCCAAACGACAGCAAAAUUCGUGCCCCCUUAAAUGCUUCUCUAUCGGGCUAUUAGGGUGCCAUUGUCCGGACCCAAAAGAUAUUCCUCCAAAAGCCGAACAAAAUGUAAAAGCCAAGAGACAGCAGGCACCUACGUGCCCCGUGUAG